AAACAAUCAGUUUAGUGAUGGAAUAACGGCUCUUGGAAGGCAGCCGGACCUUAUGGCUCAAUUCCUUUCCGAGAGCCGGCUCGUCGUCGUUGUUUUAUUUGUUUGUUUAAGGGGCAGGGGUUACUCUCGCUCACAGACAGAUAUAUUUACUGCUAAGGUGCAGUCCAUUCCUUGUCUUAGUACUAUAAAAAGAUCUUGUCGUUUUCUCAUAGUUCCUCUUUGCUGUCAGAUUGCUCUGCAUAUGUAACCGCAUAUAUGUCUGCUCUUUAUUCACGCUCUUUCUCGCUUGUUGAGCCGGAGAGGAAGGGCCAAUUUUGAAUGGUGUGUUUACUAACAGCAGCAGACAAAUCUUCCCCAUUCUGCCUUUAAGGAACCUAACACAACAAUGUCUACCUCUUGUGACUGGCAGGUUCUCAUUUUUCACGUAAAGGGGAGUAGAGUGGAUUUAGGGCAGUGAAAUGUGUGUACAACGAUAAAAAAGAAUCGGCCCCGUCGUUCGUACUUAAGAGCCAAUUGAAAAGACUCGGCUCGUGCGCGAAUGUAACAUCACUAGUGCAGUUGUUAUAACCUGGAACCAAAGCUGACCGUCACUAAUAUAAAUAAAUAAAUAAUGCAUGCAGUUAGUCUCUGUAACUUGAGAGAGAAGCCUCUCCCCCGGCGAUAUACACCAUGUUUGGACCAUUGCACGAUUAAAAAACAUUCAUCAGAAGGUGAUUUGUUUAGGGGAUACGAGACCACGCCACUGCAAGGCUUUCUUUCAUUAUUACCGUCUAAAUAACAGAAGAACCCAUCCUUCACUGACAGCUCUGUUCUCGGAUCUGCCUACUCGAGCGACCUGGAUGCAAAAUGGAAAUAAGGCCGCUCCCUGUUUGUCUACUAUAGCAUGGAGACGGAGAAGUAGCUAGCACACCAAACCAAUGACUGACAUCGAUCGAUUAGUUGUGAUCUUGAAUAUCAGUGACUGCACUCGUUUUUGUGCUUUGAAACGUUUUUUCCAACUAGAGGCUAGCAUGACUGCUUGUCUAAACGUUUACAAUUAGGUCCGCUAGCUUGCUAACAUGGAGACAUGGGUUGGAAGUAACGUAAACUUACUUCAUUGUCAAGUGACAGCUAGCGAACUAACCGAGUCAUGAUGGUAAGGACUAAGUAAAGGCAUUGUGUCGUUGUGUAGCUAGUGUGAAUCAACGCUGUUUACAUUUUGAAGAUUUCCUUGCUGGUUGCCUAUAUUGCACCAGUGCACAGAGCUACUGUUAGCUAGUUAGCUGUUUACAUUUUUGCUCCUCAGUGUGCUCCACUUGCAGUCUACUCCUGCACGUUAAAUGUGGUUACAGUUUCGUAACCUAGACAAGGUACUUCUACCCUCACAUGUCGUUGCCUGUUGGCAAUUAUCUCUCUACUAUUCUAUUUAAUACAUUUACAAAUAGACGCACUGGUUUGUCUUUUGCUCUGGUAGCAUAGAAGGCUAGCUAGCAUAGCUUCGUAGUAACCAAGCCAGAGCAUCCCGUAGUCCACGAGCUCAUACCUUGUACAGGCUUUCUUGCCCGAGUAGAAAGGUGGGUGGUGAUUGCACUAUAUGUUUUACCAACCAUUGACUUGGUGACCUGAACGAGGAGUCCGUGUCACCUGGAUCAUUACUGGACGUGACUACGCCUGCUGUUGUAUAAUGGCCCAGGAAGCGUUUCCAUUGCAUUAUUUGGUGUGGAACAAUCAGUACCAAGAACUGGGCCGGGAGUUGCAGAGUAAACAGCAAGAUUUGGAGCGGCUAGACCCACGCGGGCGGACCCCGCUCGAGCUCGCCAUCUGCCUGGGACACCUCGAAUCAGCGCGCGUGCUGCUCAGAUACAAUGCGGAUCCCACGCAUUGUAACGCGCAGAACUGGACGGUGUUGCAGGACGCGGUCAGCACGGGGGAUCCUGAGCUGGUGCAGUUGGUCCUCCAGUACAGAGACUACAGAAGGGCAACCGAGAGGCUGGCAGGAAUACCUGAACUACUAAGCAAACUGCGACAAGCCAAGGAUUUCUAUGUGGAGAUGAAGUGGGAGUUCACAAGUUGGGUUCCUCUGGUGUCCAAGGUGUGUCCCAGUGAUGUGUACCGUGUGUGGAAGAGUGGCUCGUGCCUGAGGGUGGACACCACUCUGCUGGGCUUUGAGCACAUGACCUGGUUGAAGGGUCACCGCAGUUACAUCUUCAAGGGUGGAGAGAGUGGUGCGGUGGUCAUGGAGGUUGACCAUGACAAACAGGUGGUGUACACGGAGCCACUGUCUCUCUCUCCCCGCGACGCCUCCUCCCUGCUGGACGCCAUGCUGCCCUCGCAGGAGAACACAGCACAGAGGCUGACCUCUCCGAUCGUCUCCACACACCUCAACACGCGCAACAUUGCCUUCGAGAGGAAUAAGUCUGGUAUCUGGGGCUGGCGCUCUGAGAAGAUGGAGGUUGUCAGUGGAUAUGAAGCCAAGGUUUACAGUGCCAGCAAUGUGGAGUUGGUGACACGCUCUCGAACAGAGCAUCUGUCAGACCAAGACAAGUCUAGAUGUAAAGGUUCCAAGACGCCUCUGCAGUCCUUUCUGGGUAUAGCAGAGCAGCAUGUCUCACAGAAUGGGAGUCAAGUGUCUCAAUGCGCGAGUCCGCACAACCCCACGGACAUCACAGCGGAGGAAUACUUUGACCCCGAGUUCCUCCUGAAUGGCAGAGACAUCGGACGACCUGUGGAGCUCACCAGCAAAGUGCAGAAAUUUAAGGCCCACCUCUGGUUGAGUGAAGCACAUCCUCUCUCAUUGGCUGAGCAGGUGACUCCCAUCAUUGACCUCAUGGCCAUCUCCAACGCUCACUUUGCCAAACUUCGUGACUUCAUCACCUUACGCCUACCGCCAGGCUUCCCGGUGAAGAUAGAGAUCCCAUUGUUUCAUGUGUUGAAUGCUCGGGUGACCUUCAGUAACCUCUGCGGCUGUGAUGAGCCGGUCAGCUCCAUCACGGUACUUUCCCCAACUGAGGCUUGUGAAGCUGGCCAAACACCACCCCCGUUCCACUGUGAGGUGGACCCAUCCGUGUUCGAGCCCCCCCCGGACUACACGACUCUUGGGCCAGGCCGCAGUGAGCCAAUGAGAGACGAGGAUGAUAACCUGCUGCAGUUUGCUAUCCAGCAGAGCUUACUGGACGCGGGGACCGAGAGCGACCAGGUGACCAUAUGGGAGGCCCUGACCAACACUCGCCCGGGUCCCCAGCCUCCCCUCUACGAGGACGACCCUCAGCUGGAGAGAGCCAUUCACGAGUCCCUCUCACUGGGUGGAGGAGAUGGAGAGGAGGAGGAGGAGGAGGAGGAAGAGGAAGAGGGGGAGGGGGGGACGGAUCCUGAGCUCCCUGCGUCCGGCUCACCCCCGCACCCCUCCGUCAACUCCCCGCCCUCGUACUCCUCACUGGCUGAGCCCAGGGUGCCUGGAGCUGUUGGCAUGGCGACUACUUUUGACGAGCAGCUACGCAUCGCCAUGGAACUGUCGUGCCGGGAGCAGGAGGAGCUGGACAGGGAGAGGAGGGAGGAGGACGAGGAGCUGGAGAGGAUAAUACAGCUGUCACUCACAGAGAAGUAACCGUGACGAACUCACUACGAGAGGAUAUUACAGCUGUCACUCACAGAGAAGUAACAGUGACAAGCACACUACGGGGAGUGGGUGUGUGGGGUGAAGAAAGGGUUAAUUUAUUAUUUGCACUUUUACAUUUUCUUGUUAAAUUAUUCUUUUUUUUUUCCCUUCAUUCCAACUACUUUACAAAAACCAUGAAGGGACAUGAGAAACACAAGAUGGACAGAAAGUAGGGGGGGGUUCUGGGAGGAAGAUGAGAAAUAAAAGGGGGAAAAGAAAACUAAACGUGGAAUUCUGACAUGCCUUCCGUUUCCCACUGUUUUGCUGUCAUCAUUUUGAGUCUUAAAAUGUCACCAAGCUUUAAACUGAAGUAUUGCUAUCAAGUUAAAGAUCAAACGGAUGAAUAUAAUUAUGAAUAAAAUGAGUAAAUCUAAAGGAGUUCUGGCGGCACACGUGAAUAUGAUAUGAAAAAUAAAUCUAUUAAAUGUUCUUGAAACAGUC